CCUACAAACAAACUGUAUACUAUAUACCUUCCCUUCUUAAGCCUACCCAACAAAACUGUCGGCAGAGACCUCUCCAAUAAUCAUUUUUCAACUGUUUCUCUUGGGCUUAGUGCCUCCCUGUCGUAAACGCACACUCUGAGCUAGCUCAGGCAGUGGUGGCGCUGCCGAUCCGCAGUCCUAGACUAACAAUGCCGCGCCGCCGUGGCUCUGACCGGGCUUUCGGCUUCUGCCUUCUGUUCGUGUUGUUGUUCAACUACUGUCUGGUUGCGAAUGGGUCUCCUUCUCAGCCUGGCCACACUCUGUCGGACCUACAUUGGCACCCGGCGACCGCCACCUGGUACGGAAGCCCCGAAGGCGACGGCAGCGACGGUGGGGCUUGUGGAUACGGUUCUUUAGUGGACGUGAAGCCUCUGAGGGCAAGGGUUGGUGCAGUGAGCCCAGUACUGUUCAAGAACGGUGAAGGAUGUGGGGCGUGUUUUAAAGUGAGGUGCAUGGACAGGAGCAUCUGCUCCAGACGGGCCGUGACCAUAAUAGUUACGGACGAGUGCCCAGGAGGUUACUGCGCCAAUGGCCGCACCCACUUUGACCUCAGUGGCGCCGCCUUUGGGCGUAUGGCCGUCACCGGCGAGGGUGGUCAGCUCAGGAACCGAGGUGAACUCCCAGUCGUCUUCCGACGGACACCAUGCAAGUAUCCUGGAAAAAACAUUGCCUUCCAUGUGAAUGAAGGUUCAACAGAUUACUGGCUAUCACUUCUAGUGGAAUUUGAGGAUGGAGACGGAGACGUCGGCUCCAUGCAUAUAAGAGAAGCAAGUUCUACGGAGUGGCUAGCGAUGAACCAUCUGUGGGGUGCAACCUGGUGCAUAGUUAGGGGACCCUUAAAAGGGCCAUUUUCUGUAAAGCUAACGACACUGACAACAGGAAGAACUCUCUCUGCCAGAGAUGUUAUCCCAAGGAAUUGGUCACCCAAAGCCACUUACACCUCUCGCCUCAACUUCUUCUCCUAGUACCCAUGAGAAAAAGUGACCGUUGCCGGUUUGGUCUCGUGUGUUUUUUUUAGAAGAAAAGUAGCCGUUGGGAGUGCAUAAAAGGCAUCCAAUGCUCCUUUCUUUUUUCUUUGUUUUUGUUCCUUCUUUUGUACCAUGUUACUGUGUUCUACAUGUAGAAUUGUAGCCCUUUCCAAAGGAGAGAGAGCGUACGAUUAUGUGUUGUUGGUGUGUAAGAUUGUGGGUCCUGUAGUUUUUAAUGAAUUUGGACCAUUGAAAAAUGUAUCUGUUUUGUGUUGUCAA